GAUGCCAGAGAGCCAGAGAGAGGAACCGGGGUUUGCAAACCUUGUGGCUUUGUCUGUUUCCUGUUUCAGCAAGACUGCUGUGCAAAAAGAAAGACAGUACCAAGAAAGGACAUGUUAAUGGGGCCCAGACCUAUGGAUUGAAAGCGUGUGCUUUAUCCAUCUGCUGUCUUGCUCCAUCUGAGACCAGAGCCAAGAUCUGCCCAGAAGCUGGAAUGCUUUCCUGAGUGGCUUGAGUUGGAGCCUGGGACUCGGAGCUCCUUUCUUGGGUAAGAAGACUCAACGUCUGCCCCGAGGAAGCACUGAGCAGAGCAGCUGUGUGUUUCAGUGGAUGAAGCAGCCUUAUUGAGGUAUAAUUCAUGUGCUUGUGGGUUUGGAUGGCACAAUCUGUGUCUUGGCAAAGGAAAGCAGACUUGGCACCAGAAUUAGCCCUGACAAGAAGAUGAUCCUAAAGAAAUGGAACCCUCAUUUCCAAGAGUAUUGGAGCCAGAUGCUCUGAAAUGGGUUUCGGCCAGCACUAGGCAUGUGGCAGAUGCUCAGUCAAUACUGAUGGAACUUGAUCUGCACCUGAGAGACAUGGCCCAGUCCUGAGCUUGGAGUGGGGGGCCCAUGGACCAUUGUCAGGACAGCAGAUCCAGGCAUCUAUUCCAGGAACGGGAAGCCAAGCGCAACAGGUGCUUGGAGGUCAUCAUGAUCAGCCCAGACCCCAGGCCCUCCCCUGGCUUGGCCCGGUGGGCUGAGAGCUAUGAGGCCAAGUGUGAGCGCAGGCAAGAGACCCGUGAAAGCCGCCGCUGCCGUCCCAAUGUGACCACUUGCCGCCAGGUGGGGAAGACGCUGAGGAUCCAGCAGAGAGAGCAGCUCCAGAGAGCUCGACUGCAGCAGUUCUUCAGGAGGAGGAACCUGGAGCUAGAGGAGAAGGGCAAGGCGCACCGUCCCCAGGCCAGGGAGCAAGGGCCCUCCAGGCGGCCAGGCCAGGUGACUGUCCUCAAGGAACCUUUGUCUUGUGCCAGCAGGAUCUCUUCUCCCAGAGAGCAGGUGGCAGGCACCAGCUCUGAGGUCUUUCCAGCCCAGCAUCCUCCUCCCUCAGGCAUCUGCAGGGAUCUGACUGACCACCUCUCCUCACAGUCUGGGUGCCUUCCUCCACAGGACCCUCCCAUCAAGAAGCCACCCAAACACCACCGUGGUACUCAGACAAAGGCAGAAGGACCAACAAUUAAGAACGAUGCCAGUCAGCAAACCAAUUACGGAGUUGCAGUUCUGGAUAAGGAAAUCAUCCAGCUUUCCGAUUACCUCAAAGAGGCCCUACAAAGGGAGCUGGUCCUAAAACAGAAAAUGGUGAUUCUCCAAGACCUACUGUCCACUCUGAUUCAGGCCUCUGACAGCUCUUGGAAGGGACAGCUUAAUGAAGACAAACUGAAGGGGAAACUGAGAUCCUUAGAAAACCAGCUGUACACCUGUACCCAGAAAUACUCCCCUUGGGGAAUGAAAAAAGUACUACUGGAGAUGGAAGACCAGAAAAACAGUUAUGAGCAGAAGGCCAAGGAGUCACUGCAGAAAGUGCUGGAGGAGAAAAUGAAUGCAGAGCAGCAACUACAGAGCACACAGCGAUCCCUGGCCCUGGCAGAGCAGAAGUGUGAAGAGUGGAGGAGCCAGUACGAGGCUCUGAAGGAGGACUGGAGCACCCUUGGGUCCCAGCACAGGGAGCUGGAGAGCCAACUCAACGUGCUUCAGUCCAAACUGCAGGGAGCAGAUAGCAGGGACUUACAGAUGAACCAGGCCCUGCGAUUUUUGGAGAAUGAGCACCAGGAACUGCAGGCCAAGAUUGAAUGCCUGCAAGGGGACAGAGACCUGUGCAGCUUGGAUACUCAGGACCUACAAGAUCAACUAAAAAGAUCAGAGGCGGAGAAACUCACCCUGGUGACCAGAGUACAGCAGUUGCAGAGUCUGCUUCAGAAUCAAUCCUUACAGCUUCAAGAACAGGAGAAACUCUUAACAAAGAAAGAUCAGGCUUUGCCCGUGUGGAGUCCAAAGUCCUUCCCUAACGAAGUGGAGCCUGAGGGUACAGGGAAGGAGAAAGACUGGGAUCUCAGAGACCAGCUGCAAAAGAAGACUUUGCAGCUCCAGGCCAAGGAAAAGGAGUGCAGAGAACUGCAUUCAGAAUUAGACAACCUCAGUGACGAGUAUCUCUCCUGCCUGCGUAAGCUGCAGCACUGUCGAGAAGAGCUGAACCAGAGCCAGCAGCUGCCUCCCAGAAGGCAAUGUGGGCGAUGGCUCCCAAUGCUGAUGGUGGUGAUUGCUGCAGCACUGGCAGUGUUCCUGGCCAAUAAAGACAACCUGAUGAUCUGA